CUCUGUUGAAACUAUACCAGGAAGAGGAGCAGUGGCAGUCAACAAGUGCAGGGCGUUCUCUGGCUGUACAAAAGCCUCCCCUGUGUGAGCCAGAGCUCAGAGACAUGCAGGGAUGUGCAGGUGUAUGUACACAUAGCGAGGAGAGCUGUGAAUAUCCUGCCAACCAGAUCAUCUCUUGCGCAACUCUCUGGUCCUGUGUAGCCCGGCAGACCUUUUGCUUUUCCUUUCACUGCUUGCUUCCAAACAUGUCUCCAGAGCAGAGCUUCUGAGGAGCUAUUUCUUCAUGUGCUGUUUCCUCACAUGCUGCUGAAAGCAGCUUUCUCCAAGAAGAGAUGGUAGGAAUAAUGGCAAUGAGGACGUGGAUUGAGCCAGUGGUUGCGGGUUCCCAAGUGGCCAGUGCCUUCUACGACACAGCACUGCUGCUGAUAGUGAAGAACUACUACAACCAGACCAACAGCACUGCUCCCUCCCACAUCCUGGAAGAUGCUCAGCAGAAGGCUGUAUCUAAUUUUUAUAUCAUCUACAACCUAGUUCUGGGCCUGAGCCCACUGGUGUCAGCCUAUGGCUUGUCCAAGCUGGGGGACAGGAUACAUCGGAAGAUCCCCAUCUGCUUCCCUCUUCUUGGUUAUUUGGGCUCCAAAACUCUCCUGCUCUUCCUGAUUCUGCUCGGCUGGCCAGUGGAGGUGAUGUAUGGGGCUGCUGCCUUCAAUGGGCUGACAGGAGGCUUCACCACGCUUUGGGCAGGCAUCAUGGCUCUGGGAUCCCUGGGGUCCUCUGAAAGCAAGAGAUCUCUGCGGCUCAUCAUUAUUGAACUGGUGUAUGGCCUCGCUGGCUUUCUGGGAAGCAUGGCAUCUGGCUACCUCUUUGUUGGCUUCAGUGACCACUAUCGAGAAGGCACCGUGCUGGUGAGCUGCAGCAUUGCUUGCUAUGCCUUCUGUCUCCUCUACAGCAUUUUUGUCCUCACAGUCCCCAAGCCUGCUGCUUCUUGCCCAGCCAAAGCCAAGAGUGCAGAGGAGCUGGGUGGUCAGCUACCAGAAGCAGCAGUAGCAAGGAGUUCCCAACCUUCAGAGGGCAGCAUCUCCAGUCCAGUAUCACCCUCGAAACUCAUCAUCGUCCUGCUGUUUGUGGCAGCAAUCCUCUAUGACCUUGCUGUGGUCGGUGCAAUGAACAUACUCCCACUGUUCUUGCUCAGGGAACCUUUAAGUUGGAAUGCCGUGGAGAUUGGCCACGGCAAUGCUGCUGGGUACGUGAUCUUCAUUACCAGUUUCCUAGGGGUACUUGUGUUCUCCAGAUACCUGAGGGAUAUUACCAUGAUCAUGAUUGGAGUAGCAUCGUUCAGUGCUGGCAUCCUCAUCAUGGCCUUCGUGCAGUGGACGUUCCUGUUCUACAUUGCACGGGCAGUGAUGCUGUUUGCCCUCAUCCCCUUACCAACCAUUAGGUCUAUGUUGUCCAAGCAUGUUGAAGGAUCAUCCUAUGGUAAGGUGUUUGUCCUGCUGCAGCUGUCUUUAGUCACCACAGGAGUAGUGACAUCUACAGUCUACAACAAGAUCUAUCAAAACACACUGGACUGGUACAGUGGCUUCUGCUUCAUUUUGUCUUUUCUAGUUGGCUGCCUGAGUCUCCUCCCUUUAAGCUUUGUGGCCAUCAAACAACGGUCAACCACUGGCUCCCUUGAGAUUCUGACUGAGUAACAGAGGCAUCUUCUGGUUGUUAUCAUUAGUCCCUACAGUUACCAACACAACAGGAUACAUAGGAUUUUUAUUUCCACUUUA